AUCUAUAGGAUCUGCAACUAACUCUGAGAUAUCUCUUGUAUACAAUUUAUUACCCUUGAUUUUUUCUGAAAAACGUCAUCGUCCAAAAAUAUAGAGCUACGUAAGAGCAAAGUAGCGAAAUUAAGUGAAACAUUAUUAAUCUCUGGAGGCUUUUUUAGCUGCAAUAGUAAGAGAAUAAGAGUAAAGUUACAAUGGAUAAAACUAAAACCGAUUCUAAUUUUGAAUUACCACCUCUUCGACGUUUGGAUGACUUUUUAUUGGAAUAUGCUCGUUUUCAAAUACCAAAUUUUAAAGAUCUCGAUAAAUGGGGCAACAGAGUAGUAAAUAAUUUGCUUUAUUAUCAAACAAAUUAUUUUUCCAUGUUUGUGAUUAUUUUUCUCAUUGUAGGAUUAAUUCAUCCUGUAAAAAUGUUCGUCGGUAUGAUAGCAAUGACAGUAAUCUUGGGAGGAUUCGCUUAUGUUUCUACCGAAGGAAGAUUAAUACAUCAAUUUAAGCAACAUUAUCCAGGUGUAGGCAUAAUUGGUAUAAUAUUGGCAGCAUGCUUUGCAACUUAUACAUUAGGAUCUCUCCUAGUUUUUCUACUUGGCAUUUUAUUACCAUUCACAGUUAUAUUUGUACAUGCUUCUCUGAGAUUAAGAAACAUUAAAAACAAACUUGCUAAUAAAAUUGAAGGUAUUGGCUUGGCAAGGACACCAAUGGGCAUUUUUUUGGAACAUCUUGGUAUGCAGGAUGAAAUUUUUGCAUAAUUUCACCAUUUUUUUUUUUAAAUAAAACGUUACUUUUUAAACGAUAAUAAGUUAACACAUUUUAUGAUAACAAUUUUGCAAUAGUAUUAAUAUAUUCAUUUUAUAUUAGCAUAUACUGUGAUGAAUCUUCUCUCUCCAAAUUGAUUUAUCGUUUUGUAAUGUCUAUGAUUAUCAUUAUGCAUGAAAAAAUUAGACAUAUUUGUAAUAUACUUAUUCAUUUUUCUCUAAUGUACUUUAAUUUUUCUUCAUAUCUUUCAUUUCAUCUAUUUAUAUGCAAGACAUAAGAAGGAAAAAUUAGAAUUCUUGAUUAUACCUAUAAGAUAGAUACAAUUAAGAUAUAAUUUAUUUAUUAUAAUUGAUGUGUUACAUAAAUUACAUCAUAUGACAUGAAUUAAUUUUAUUUAAUGUAAACAGUAUAUAUUAUAUGUAUGAAUGUAAGAUAUUUUCAAAUGUUAUUAUACCAAAGAUGCAAAGAAAUGCAAAUAACAUAUUUAGUCGAUAAAUAGAGAAAUAUACAAUCCGAUACUGAUAUAUUAAUACUUUAUAUUUUUCAAUAGCUUUUCUAUAUAUUCUGCUUGUAUAUAAUAUUCUAUAUGUGUUAUUAUUUGUGAAGUUGUAUAUUUACUAUUAUUAAUAUAUUACAUAUAGCAAAGCAAGAAUUCUGAAUGAAAAAAAAGAUGGCUUGCUUAAUACUGCUACAUAACUUAUGAAAGACAAUUAUUUUCUUUAAUAUAUAUUUCCUAAUUUUAUAUUGUGUAUCAUAGAAUAAUGUAAAUAAAAUUAUAGCAGAGCUGUCCUCUUCUCCAAGA